AUGGCUACUAGCUUCUACAGUAGCAAGACCGGUAGUGAAAUUGUGCCUGCUGCUGGUAACGGUGAUCAGGAGAGAGCGAAUCCGAUAAUAGCUCAUGGUCAUAGCCACGGUCACGGAGUUACAUUAACUACUAAAGAUGAUAGUGACUCACAGUUAUUGGGGUACCGAGAAAUGGUUUUGGAGCUUGGAACUAUAGUUCACUCUGUGGUCAUUGCACUAUAUCUAGGUGCAACAAAUGACACAUGCACCAUUAAAGGCAUUGGUCUUGGUGGCUGCAUCCUCCAGGCGGUAUAUACAACUGUGAAAAAGUUGGUGAUCGCCUUUUUCGCGGUUACAACACCAUUUGGAAUCGUUUUAGGGAUUGCAUUGUCAAGUAUUUAUAGAGAUAACAGCCCGGCUGCAUUGAUCACUGUCGGGCUGUUCAACGCCUGCUCAGCAGGACUGCUCAUCUACAUGGCCCUCGUCAACCUUCUAGCAGCCGAGCUCAUGGGACCAAAGCUCCAAGGUAGCAUCAAGCUUCAGAUUAAGUGUUUCUUUGCCGCUCUGCUUGGCUGCGGUGGAAUGUCAAUCCUCGCCAAAAGGGCGUAA